AUGAAUUUAUAAUGUGAAGAGCCUUUUUAAUAUAGACAACUUCGAUCCCAAUCUCUUAGUCCUUAUAAUGAUUCUAAUCUUAUCAAGUAACUUAAAAGAUAACUACAUUAUCCUCCCCAAAAAACCAUGUUAUUGUAAUCUUUUGAGUAUUUACAAAAUCAAGAAUAAAUUGAAACCAAUAUAAUUAGUUCAGGUAAUUAACAGCUUGUAAUUUACAUAAGAUUCUAUGAAACACUAUUAAAAAACUAUUAAAGGUAGAAAGAACUCAUUAAUUUUUGAAGCAGACUCAUAUUCAAUCAAUUAAAAUGUCGGAUAAAGUGAGGGAAGCAAUUAAUUUAACAAAAUCGUACCAAAGAUUAUAGUUGUUAAGAACUUAUAAUAAAAAUUAACUAAGAGAAAAUAACAACCCAUAAAUCCUAUCAAUCCUCAAGAUUGUAACGAUGAAGAAACCAUUCAACAUAGUAUAGUUGGAUAGAAUUAAAAUAAUGGAUCUACUAUUGAAACUAAAAGAGAACAUAUAUCAUUAUUACCUUAAAUAAAGAAAUCCAAAAUAUUAAUGGUCGAUGAAUAACCUAUCAAAAGAUCAGCAAGAUAUGAAUAAUUAAUGGUAUUAAAAUACUAAUUUUAGAAAAAAACCUGUGAUGAUUAACUCAUUGAAUUAUAGUCAUUAAUCAAGAAAAUGUAAAAGUAACCAAUCAUAAAGAAAGAGAAAAAAGUAACAUUUCUAAUUUGA